UUGCCACGCUGACGUGACGCAGUAAAAUAUUCAAAAGGAGCCCCGACCAAGUAUUGAGUGCAUAUAAAUGGAUACUCUUUUCAAGAGGCUUGCAUUUUAAAAUCCAUUUUUAUUGGUCUUUUGCAGCAAUGAUUGUCUAAUUUAGUGGGAUGCACCUGUAGUUGCAUGGUCUCUUUGCUGUAUUCUCUAAGAAACCAAACGAUUAUUAAUUUGAGAAUGUAACUGUGCUGCUGGGGAUAAUGCGGAGUUAGAGGGUAGGAGGGGAAUGAGGUGGUGGGGUAGGAGGGGUUGAACCUCGAUGCACAGGACAAGACACCCUCAUGCUUGCUUCAUAAACCUCUCCAUAUUUUGCAGCCGCGGCUGUUGAGAAGCGCGUCGGAAGCGGAGGGGUGCGCUCAUUCUGGAGUGAUUAUGUCAAAUCUGGAACGGACUUUACUUCACGCUGCAUAACCCCAACUGAGCUUCUUCCCACUUCCACAAACAGACGGGAUGUUGUCACGCUAUCGGUUGCGAAGGUCGGUUCCAACAGACCAGUGAGGACACCGCUCGUUUACCAUGAGCUGUUUGGAUGUUAUGUAUCCAGCCUAUGGACAUUACGCACCGUAUGCACCGACUGCUCCCGCUUUUAUCAGUAGCUUACAGGCUCCUUCAGGUCUGAGCAGGUCUGCGCCCAACAGUCGGGAUUUUAUGGACACUCCCAGCGUUCCCGAAGGGAUGUCUGGGGGCCCAGGAACUGGAGGAUCAACUGCCUCCUCAUCUUCGUCCAGUUCUUCUUCUUCCUCCUCUUACACACCUGCGGCACCGAGGCCAGCGGAGGGCCCCAAGGAUAAGCAGGAGGCCCCCGAGGCAAAGUACCUGACUUCUCGCUGCGUGCUCUUCACCUACUACCAUGGUGACAUCAGCAGCGUGGUGGAUGAGCACUUCUCCAGAGCUCUCAGCUCCUACAUGGAUGGAGAGGGCAAACGGCGAGCGCCAGAACAACAGGGCACAGAAACCUCUUCCUCUAACAGUCGGAGAAGCUUCCCCCCAUCUUUCUGGGACAGUAACUACACUUCAUCUCAGAGUCGCCCCCACUGUGAGACCAGUGCUCCCGCUUAUUCCAUGGACCCGUACGCGCCAGCGCUGCAUCCAGGCCUACCACACCCACACGCUCAUCCUCACCCACACGCCCAUACUCAUCCCCACCCUCACCCACCAGAGGGGUGGGGAUAUCCUCAGGCCCAAGCCUAUGGCCCCCCUCGACCUCUGCAUGAACUGUAUUCACCGUCGGCUUUAGAGCCUCACUACGGAGGCCUACUUGUGCCCACUGUGAGACCACCUCAUCUUCCUACGUUGCCAAGCCACUAUGAAGUGGGCAAGCUGGAGCCCACCACAUCCUGGCCAAGCCUACUGCCCCCUGGAGAUGUCAGUCAGACACUGGCUCUCAAUAUGGAUGCAGGUACCCAGUCAUACAUUUUUUUUAUUUGAAGGCUGUUGUUUGAAACAAAACUAAGAAAAAAAAGCA